GUUACACACUAGCACCGUAAAAGCCGACGCCCAUCGAGGCAGCCUCGGCGGCGCGCGAAGGCACGUACGCGCACGCAUCGAUCGCCAAAAGGCCAGCGCCGCCCCGCGCGCGCGGUCGGGCAGCCCAACACCAUGGACGCCAUGUCCGCCCCCUCCGAGGCCGGCUCCGCCACGGCCGCGGCGCUAAAAUUCGAGCGCCGGGCCGAGGAGUUCGAGGUGAAGCGCUUCGCUGGUUUAACCGGUUUCCAGUCCGCGCGCGAAGUCGCUAAAAUGCAGCAGCGGCACGAGGCCGAGGAAAAAAAACGUAUAGAAGCGGAGGAGCGCGCGGACGACGCCUGGGAGGUGGAGUGGUACGUGUUUGUUAGUGUUUUUGCGCUCUACGCUUUGACGACGGCACCGUCAGUAGCGGGCGGCGAUUCCGGCGAAUUACUCGCAGAAUCCUGUUCGCUCGGGACAGCUCAUCCACCAGGAUACCCCCUGUUCACCUUACUGUAUCACAUUCCGUUAACGUACAUGCCGGCGUACCUCAGUCCGGCCAUGUGGGCGAACCUAUUCACGGCCAUGCUAGGUGCGGGAGCAUCAUCAGUCGUAUGCGCGAUCACGAGGGAAGCGUUACGGUGCGGCGGCCAGUGCGGCCGCUCGAUCACUGGCGCAUCAGCGGGCUACCUCUUCGCUUUUAGUCCAUUAGUCUGGCAGUACCAUUGCACUUCCGAGGUCUUUGCUUUGAACAAUUUAUUAGUUGCACUACUAGUACAUCGCGCUCUACUCUACGCUAGACUGCGGAAGAUCAAAGAUCUACGCAUCGCAUCGUUAUUAACAGGACUCGCUUUAUCGAACCAGCACACCGCGGUGCUCUUUGUUGUACCAUUAGGAGCGCGCGCUUUGUCAAUAGCAUCAUCAACACUAAAAAAGAGACCGCGGGAAGUCAUCGUUCUCGGUUUGUAUGGCCUCACAGGAUUGAGCCCCUACGCCUACCUCCCUUUAUCAAAACCUAAACAGGGCGGCUGGGGCCAGAUCCGCUCGGUCCGAGGCUUCGUGCAUCACUUCUUGAGGCGAGACUACGGGACGUUGCGCUUGUAUUCGGGGCGGGUCGGGUCCGGCGAAUCCCUAAUGGAACGUAUUCAGGCGUGGUAUACAUCUAUUGCUACAGUACAGGGCCCUCUACCGUAUGCCUUACCGGUCCUGGCUGUGAUCGGUGCCUGUCUACUCCUGUACGUACCACCACCCCUUCCCGAAUAUUGCGACGACGCGUCGUCGCAGGGCGGCGGCAAAAGGUCCGCCAAGGCUAGACGACGAGCGCGCGUCCAGGAGUACAACCAACAAAGGCGCGCCGAGAAAGGGACAAAAAAAUCGAUAAGGGUCGCGGCGCGGGGCUGCCGCGAGAGUCUCGCACUACUUUUGGGUGCUUUAUCCUUCUACCUCUUGGCUUUUCAUGCUUUAUCGAAUUUACCUCUGUCAGAUCCGCUGCUGUACGGCAUUCACGCGCGGUUUUGGAUGCAGCCUCACCUCGCGCUAUGUUGCUUCGCGGGUCUUGGUUUGGAGGGCCUCGUGAGAAUAUGUGGCCGAAAGAGCGUUCCAUUGGUCGUUGUCCUCAUAGCGCUACAAAUACGCGUCGGCCUCGAACCUUCCGGAUUAUCACCGGGAGCGCCCGGCGGUCUUUACUCAAGAAGCCUCGGGUUGCAUACGGCCCACCCGGCCCACUUUUUCGGCGACUACGCGCGCGCUUUAUUGAAACCCCUGCCGCAAAAUGCACUUUUGCUCAUCAAUUACGACCAGCAAUGGACGUCCAUCAGAUAUGUGCAGCAGUGCGAACAUUUUAGGACGGACAUUACGACGAUCAACCUGGCGAUGACGACGUACGGCUGGUGGCACUCUAAACGUGAACUAUAUGACAAUGUGGUUUUUCCGGGAACGCACUACAGCCGCGAUCCACAAAAGUCUUCGGGCUACUCCAUAGGGCAGUUCUUCGACGCGAACUACGAGCGACGAACGGGCGGGAUUUUCUUGGGAGGUACUUUGAGCUUCCCAGAUACAGAGUAUAAACAGAGGUACGAGUUCGUGCCUUAUGGACUUGUAUCAGUCUUGUCCAGGAAGGAGCGCCCCCCAUCGCUCGAGGCGUACGUCCUCGAAUCGAGACAGGCCUGGGCGACGGCGUUGAACGAGAUGAGGAGACUACCCCUUGAUGAGAAUCAUAACUCGGAGGAGACGUGGGAGUGGACUAUUCAACGAGAAUUCUUUACCCAUAUUGCCGACAGAGCCGCGUAUGUGUUGGAGAGCGUUCUGAGGGACGAUGUGCAUGAUGCGACCUAUCUCUACGAGGCGGCCAUGUGGUUCGAGACGCUGUACAGGUAUGACAGGAACAUGACGACGGCCAACGUAAAAAACAUGGGCUUAGCUCAUGUCCACCUGGUACGGUCGACGAAGGGCAAGGCGCCUCCCCCGACAGUGCCUGAUAUUUUGGGUGCGUCUGGGUUGCUGCACGAUGAACAACAACCGUUUGAGAAGUUACAUCCCCAAGCAACAACUGCGGACUGGAAGACGUGGUCGUCAUCGCGCUUCCAGGUCGGCUGGGGCGACUUCUUGGGGCGGCCCGAAGCUAUCAAAGAUCCCCAGUACGAGACGAUCCGGGACUUGUACGCCAAGGUCACGACGGCGUCGCGGACCAUGGGCACGACGCGGUCCUAAGAGUGUGAGUAGUUGCUAGGCUUCGGCGGGGGCGUCAUUUAUACCGUGAAGAUGUCCGUGGCACCAGGACGCGCGCGCCGACGCGGCCGCGCUGGA